CACACAAAGCACGCCACACGCGUCCUCGUUCGACGCAUCCCACCCUCCAUUUUAAGACAGCAGCCACGGCCACAACCAUAACCCAUUCCCGCUCCGCUCGGCACGUUUCGUUUGGAGCGAGCAACAACAAACACCGAGGCCGCUCUCUGACUCGGAGUCGGAGGAGGGAGUGAUGGGCUGCCGGCAGACAGUGGUGGCCGCGCUGUUGCUGGCGGCGACGAUGGUGAUGGCUGAGCGCAGGGUCUACAUCGAUUGGAUGCCCCGCCAUAACUUCUCCGGCUGGGCCAAGCUCAAUGGGCCCUUCUACAAGGGCGACUACCUCGCGUUCUAUCACCCGGACAAGAAGUUGGACGUGGUGGAGGUGAACAAACGCGGGUUCGACAUGUGCGACACUAGAAACCCUAUCCACCGCUACCCCGGCGGCGGUACUCACCGUGGUACUACCUUCGUCCUGCUCAGCGAGGCCAAGUUCUACUACUUCACCUGCAGCGUCCGCUAUUUCUGCCCUGCCGGGAUGCGCCUCGACAUCCCGGUCCAGGAAAGGCGGCGGACGCCGGACUCCGCACGCGACGACACGUCCGGCACCGCCAUGGUGGAGAGCAGCGCCACCUCACCGGCGCCUGGACCCCGAGGGAGCUCGGAGGGCGAGAGAGACGUGCAGGAACAAGGACGAAGCGACGAUGGAGUACAAGGAACAAAAUGGGCAGACAUGGAGUCCUCCAGGCCCGGCCCGUAAAUUAGGCGUCUCGUUGAAAAGAUACUCAUACUCAUAUGGACCAAAGUCAAAUGAUGUUCCGAAAUAAAUAGACCAAAUGAAAAUAAGAGAACAAAUUAAAAGGUGCAAAAUGGAUCAUUUUAUGUUGGUAA